AUGACCAGAGGACUCACUUUUUUUAAUAAGCUGCUUGAGAACGUGUUGAUAAAAUAUGUGGUGACACAUCGCGUUGCUACACCAUAUCACCUUCAAACUAAUGGGCAAGCAAAGAUCGCUAAUAAGGAGAUUAAAAAGAUACUGGAGAAAACAGUGAAGCCUAGUCGAAAGGAUUGGGCCACAAGAUUGGAUGGUGCACUUUGGGCACAUAGGACAACUUACAAAGCACCUAUAGGUAUGUCACCUUUUAGGGUGGUUUUCGAAAUGGCUUUUCAUCUACCUGUGGAGAUUGAACAUCGGGCCUAUUGGGCCAUCAAAGCUUGCAACAUGGACUUGGAAGAAGCAGGGAAAGAGUGA